ACAAAAUCAGCUGAACACAUUUAGAUCAAAUCUGCUGAAGAAGUUUGAGUGUCUGUAUGAGGGAACAGCGGCGCAGGGAAACCCAACACUCCUGAAUGAGAUCUACACAGAGCUCUACAUCACAGAGAGUGAGAGUGGAGAGAUCAGUCAUGAGCAUGAGGUGAGACAGAUUGAGACACAAUCCAGGAGAUCAACAACAGAGGACACAGCGAUCAAAUGCAGAGACAUCUUUACACCUUUACCUGGACAAGACAAAGCCAUCAGAACUGUGCUGACGAAGGGAGUCGCUGGCAUCGGAAAAACAGUCUCUGUGCAGAAGUUCAUCCUGGACUGGGCUGAAGAGAAGGAGAAUCAGGACGUCCAGCUCAUAUUUCCACUUCCUUUCAGAGAGAUCAAUCUGAUGAAGGACAAAACACUCAGUCUGUCAGAUCUUCUUCAGCUCUUUUACCCUCAAACUAAAAUGGAAAUAUUUAGUGACAAAUAUAAAGCGCUGUUCAUCUUUGAUGGUCUGGACGAGUGUCGUCUGUCUCUGGAUUUUCAGAGCGCUGUGAGGUUGUGUGACGUCAGUGAAUCCGCCUUAGUGGACGUGCUGCUGACCAACCUGAUUGUGGGGAAUCUGCUUCCCUCUGCUCUCAUCUGGAUCACCUCCAGACCAGCAGCAGCAGAUCUCGUCCCCUCUGAGUGUGUCCAUCGAGUGACAGAGGUACGAGGCUUCAAUGACCCUCAGAAGGAGGAAUACUUCAGCAAGAGAAUCAGUGAUCAGAGUCUGGCCAACACAAUCAUCUCACACCUGAAGUCCUCCAGGAGCCUCUACAUCAUGUGCCACAUCCCAGUGUUCUGCUGGAUCUCAGCCACUGUUCUGGAGAAGAUGUUGAGUGAAGCAGAGACUGCAGAGAUUCCCAAGACUCUCACUCAGAUGUACACACACUUCCUGAUCCUGCAGACCAACAUCAAACAUCAGAAGGACUAUGAGGAGAAGCUGACAGAUAAAGACAUGAUCCUCAAACUGGGGAAAGUGGCUUUUCAGCAGCUCAUGAAAGGCAAUCUAAUCUUCUAUGAGGAAGACCUGAGAGAGUGUGGCAUUGAUGUGGCAGAAGCUUCAGUUUACUCAGGAUUGUGCACUCAGAUCUUCAGAGAGGAGUUUGGCUUGUGUCAGGGGAAAGUCUUCAGCUUUGUUCAUCUGAGCAUUCAGGAACAUCUAGCGGCUCUGUAUGUGCACCUCUCCUGUAUAAACAACAACAGAGAUGAGUUUGAGCAAAUCAAGAAACCAAGUUUGUGCUCUAAAGUUAAAGACUUGUUUCAGCUCAAGUCUUCAGAAUGUGUUUCUUUAUCUGAGCUGCAUCAGCGAGCUGUAAAUGAGGCUCUACAGAGCAAAAAUGGACAUCUGGAUCUUUUCCUGCAAUUUCUUUUGGGUCUGUCAGUGGAGUCUCAUCAGAUUGUCAUACAAAGACUAAUGAAAUGGUCAAGCAGCAGCUCUGACAUCAAUGAGAAAACAGUCGAGUACAUCAAGAAGAAGAUCAGGAUCAUCAACUCUCCAGAGAAAUUCAUCAAUCUGUUUCACUGUCUGAAUGAACUGGGCGAUCAUUCACUAGUGGAGGAAAUACAGCAGUAUCUGAAAUCUGGAAGAAUAAGAGAGGCCAAACUCUCCUCAUCUCAGUGGUCAGCUGUAGCGUUUGUGUUGUUGACAUCAGAGAAAAGGCUGGAGGAGUUUGAUAUUAAUGAUUUUGUUGCAGGAAACAAUAAAAAGAAAAGUGAAGUUUUUCAGAAGCUACUGCCUGUGAUUAAAAGAUCAAAAUCAGUUCAGUAA